UGCUCACUCGUAUCUCUCCGCCCUGCUCCUCCUCUUUUCCUGCUCUCAACCACUGCGCUCCUCCUUUGUCACGGCCCCAAAGGUUUUGUCUCAACUGCCUAGAGAUACCUCUAUCCCACGGGCGCAUCCAAUCGAAAUGCGUUCGCACGGGGAUUGGGUUUCGUUAGAAGGCAUAGCUACUAGCUUGCUCGACGGCAGCCCUAUCGCGAUUGCUAUUACGGUCUUCAUCGCGUUUGGACUGCCCGUGCUAUUGCAUCUUCUCUUUUACCGAACGGUUGCAUCUCCACCGUCUAGCAAUUUCUUGCUCUUGGGCCCUAAUGGGGCUGGAAAGACCGCUCUCUUGACUCUGCUCGAAGCAAAGUCGUCUCCUGCUCGUACAGAUAUUCGAGUCACUCAUACGUCCCAAACAUCUACUGCGGCUACCAUCAGCCUUCCCGCCUCAGUAUCGACCGCAUCAAAUCGCUAUAGAUCGGUGAAUGACACUUCGUUGAGGGAUAUUGCCAAAAACCCGGUCAAAUAUCGGUUGAUGGACACUCCUGGUCAUGGAAAACUCCGUGAAUCCCAAGCUAUUUCGCAGUUGCUCUCCAUGUCGGCCUCAAAGGAUGCGAAGUCGAAGUUGCGUGGAGUCUUGUACAUGGUGGACACCGCAGUACUUGCCAAUCCCGAAAUCCUACGGGAUACAGCCAAUUACUUGUACGAUGUGCUCUUGAUCCUUCAGAGACGUGCUUUGAGUGGGGGAAAGAAAGCAGCGUCUGGAGUUCCUGUGCUUGUGGCUGCCAACAAACAAGACCUCUUCACCGCCCUACCGCCUGGAUCCGUGCGGGAGAAAUUGGAGGAUGAGAUUAGUAGACUCCGGAGCUCUCGGAGCAAAAAUCUUUUGGAUGCUAGUGUUGACGCUGGCCUUGCCGACAGUGAAGACGAUAUUCUAGGCAGCAGCGACCCUCGCGAUAGAUUCUCGUUCCAGUCUUUGAAAGACGAAGUCGGUAUAGUAGUAGACGUUGUCGGAGGAGCAGUCAUGGGCGAUGAGGAGAGCAAUCUUGGAUCUGGUGUGCGCAAAUGGGAGGAAUGGAUAGGUCAAUGCCUGUAAGGAGGUCUAUCAUUGCCGGCGAGAUGUCAUCAGUCCCAGAAGUCACAUGAGCCAAUGGGCAUACUUUGUCAAUAUACUGGACAAAGAGAUGGGAAGAACAGCCUUAGUGAUCAUAUGUGUAUGCACCCCUCUAUCAUUUCCUUUAGGUUGGCAUCGAACAGCAUUGAAAUAUGAUGUGCAGGAAAGGUUGAGAGAAUUGGUAUGAGUGAUGUAGGGAUGGUUCUUGACCAAUUUGUUCACUUGCUCAAGGAUAUUUUGUCAUGUCUUGCCUAUUGAAGUCCUAGCCUUAUCUAGCUUUAGCGUCUGUCGUGUAUAGAAACGGUGAUCUUGGGUCGUUGCAAGAGUAUAAUGGAG